UAAAGUUACAGGACUAUUAAAUGUAGCUCUUGCUAAUGGUUGCCCACUGCAACAAGAAAAAUCGUUUUUAAUGGUUUGAGGUGGAGAAGCCCAAUAACGGACUCCGAUGCUGCGCUGUUCCGCCUCUCUCGCUGUCAUCACUAAGCCGAGCCGUGUUAUGAUGACAACAAGAAUAUUCAGCCGUGGGACGGAGAAUAUCUGAGUCUUAAACCCUGCGUUUUUGCUUAUUUUUUUGACGCAAAUAGCUCGAUUAUCGUGUAGCCAGCGCAGUCCCGGUCCUCCUCCUCCUCCUCCUCCAGCUUCCCAGUGUGCCGCUCACCGACUGCCGCAGCCUGACAACCGCUACACGGUCCCCGGCAAGAUGCUACUACCACGCUCCGGUGUGCUUAUCGGCGUUCUCUGGAUUGUCAUCUUCAGUCCCGCUGAUGUGAAAUCUCUGAACGGCGAAGAAGAUCAGUCUCAAGACAUGGAGUGCAAAAUGAAAAGCGUUACGGUAUCCGCUUUGCCGUUUUUGCGAGAGAACGACCUGAGCAUCAUGCACAGCCCGUCGGCCUCCGAGCCCAAGCUGCUAUUCUCCGUCAGGAACGAUUUUCCGGGCGAGAUAGUCGUUGUUGACGACUUGGAAAAUACCGAGCUCCCGUACUUUGUAUUGGAGAUCUCUGGGAACUCUGAAGACAUCCCCCUGGUUCGCUGGAGGCAGCAGUGGUUGGAAAAUGGUACUUUGCUCUUCCACAUCCACCAUCAGGACGGUAGCCAGAAUCUGCCUGGCCCGGCAGCCACCGCUUACCCUGCCAGCGACUCUGCAGAGGAAGAGCUUCGUAUCCUGCACAUCUCUGUCAUGGGUGGUAUGAUCGCUCUUCUGUUGUCCAUCCUUUGUUUGGUGUUAAUCCUGUACACUCGUAGACGCUGGUGUAAACGUCGCCGCGUGCCUCAGCCGCAAAAGAGCGCUAGCGCUGAAGCAGCCAAUGAGAUCCACUAUAUCCCAUCUGUGCUGAUGGGUGGACAAGCCCGGGAAAGUUUGAGAAAUUCUCGCGGACAAGGGCACAACUCGAGCGGCACGCUCAGCAUCCGAGAGACUCCGAUCUUGGACGGGUACGAGUAUGACAUCACAGACCUGCGCCACCACCUGCAGCGGGAGUGCAUGAAUGGCGGAGAGGACUUCACCAGUCAGGUGACACGCACGCUUGACUCACUACAAGGGUGCAAUGACAAAGCUGGCAUGGAUCUCACUCCAGGGAAUGAUAGCACAAAACUGUCCCUAAUGAGCAAGUACAAGGACAACAUCAUAGCUACCAGUCCUGUCGACAGCAACCACCAGCAAAACACGCUCCUCCCACACAACACCUCCACCAAUCAGCGCAAGCGUCUGUCCAGCAAAACACACGCGGGUUCAACUUUCCUGAACCCGGAUGGAGACUCUGGGACGGAGGCGGACAGUGAGCCGCAGCUGACUUUCUACACCGACCCAAACCGCAGCCGCCGUCGCAGUCGAGGUAUGAGAAACGGUAACGUCAACACCGCGUGGGGCUCCGGGGGUUCCCCACGGAGUCCUAUCAACAAGACCACCCUGACUUUGAUCAGCGUGGUGAGCUGUGUGAUCGGACUGGUCUGUGCGUCUCACCUCUCCUGUAGCCUCAACGUCAGAGUCAUACUCCACGUUCCGGAGCACCUCAUUGCAGACGGCUCCAGAUUCGUUCUGCUCCAGGGCAGCCAGCUGGACGCCUCUGAUUGGCUGAACCCUGCCCAGGUGCUGCUGUACUACCAGCAGAAUGCCAGUGGCCCCUGGGUCAAUGAUCUGUGUGGCCGCCGUCUCUUGGACCCCUGUGAGCACCAGUGUGACCCAGAUACAGGAGAAUGUCUCUGUUUCGAUGGCUACAUGAAGGACCCUGUGCAUAAGCAUCUGUGUAUUCGCAACGAAUGGGGUCCAAAUCAGGGCCCAUGGCCUUACACAAUUUUCCAACGUGGCUUUGACUUGGUGAUGGGAGAGCAGCCAUCUGAUCGUAUUUUUAGAUUCACAUACACUCUUGGAGAAGGCAUGUGGCUGCCACUUAGCAAAAGCUUUGUCAUUCCUCCAGCUGAGCUGGCCAUCAACCCCUCUGCCAAGUGCAAGACAGAUAUGACUGUCAUGGAGGACGCAGUGGAUGUCAGGGAGGAGCUGAUGAUUUCUUCGUCCUUUGACAGUCUGGAAGUGCUGCUCGACUCUUUUGGCCCGGUGCGUGAUUGCUCAAAAGACAAUGGGGGCUGCAGCCGAAAUUUCCGUUGCAUCUCUGAUCGCAAAUUGGACUCCACUGGCUGUGUGUGUCCACCUGGUUUGAGUCCAAUGAAGGAUGGCACCGGUUGCUAUGACCACCACAUUGGCAUCGACUGCUCUGACGGCUUUAAUGGGGGUUGCGAACAGCUGUGCCUUCAGCAGCUGGCACCUCUGGAGGAGGACCCUACUCUCUACAACAUCCUGAUGUUCUGCGGAUGUAUUGAAGAUUACAAGAGAGGAGCAGACGGCCGCUCAUGUCAGCCGCUGUCAGAAGCCUGCACUGAGGGAGUGGACUGCGGGGACACAGCUGACAUCCCAGCCAACCAGACUGUGUUUGGAGACCUCUUCUAUGGCUACAAUAACCACACCAAAGAGAUUACAUCAGGACAGAUCCUUAAGGCUUCCUUCAGGCAGAAGAACUUUGCCCGUGGCAUCGAGCAGCAGCUCCCGGAUGGCAUGGUAGUUGCGUCUGUGCCGACUGAAGCGCAAUGUCACGAGGAGCUGUCUGACCCAGUCCCUGAUCCAGAGUACCUGACUGGUAUGGUAAACUACAGUGAGGUUACUGGUUAUCCACUGGUUCAGCACUGGAAGCUGCGCUCCAUUAUGUACCAUGUGAAGCUCAAUCAGUGGACCCUCUCACAAGCCUUUAGUUCAGCAAUUCAUUCACUGGAUGGGGCCACCCUUCGCAGCGAUUUUGUGUCCAUUUUAAAAGAGUUUGGCAACCAUUUUAUCCAGGAGGCAGUGUAUGGUUUUGAAGAAUCUUGUACCAUAUGGUAUCCCAACAAGCAAGUCCAACGCCAGCUGUGGUUGGAGUACCAGGACAUCAGCAAAGGAAACUCUCCUUCGGACGAGUCGGAGGAGCGGGACAAAGAGCCACGCACACUUACUUACCCAGCAUACAUUGCCAGCCUGCUGGACUCGGGUGCCAAGCGCAUGGCGGCGGGGGUGCGCAUGGACUGCAGCAGCCAGGGCCAGUGCCCUCUGUCCUGCCACCUCUGCCACAUGAGCCCUGGGCCUGCACGUCCUGCAGAACCUGUGCUGCUCAACAUCACUAAAGCCACACCAAUCUACGAACUGGUCAACAGCAACGAGACCUACCAGGCAUUGCAGGAGGCCAUGAUGAGUGUACUUUGGUGUUCUGCUAAAGGUGAUGUUAUUGAUGACUGGUGUCGAUGUGACUCUAAUGCCUUUGGCACAGAUGGACUCCCGACCUGUGCUCCUCUACCUCAACCUAUGCUCAAGCUAUCCCAUUCGUACGAGCCCAGCAGUUCAUUGGUCAUCAUAGAAUGGAAUCAUGCAGAGCCACCAAUAGGAGUGAGGAUUGUUGAUUACCUCAUCAGUCAAGAGAAAGUGACAGAGCGGACUGAUCACUCCAAAGUUGAGACAGAGACCAUGUUGAGUUUUGUGGAUGACAUCAUGUCAGGGGCCAAAUCACCCUGUGUGAUGCUUGGGGACAUCCCUGAUCCCCUCUCAUCUAUCUCCUUGAUCAUACGCUGUCUGGAGCCAGACACUACAUAUAUGUUUCGGCUGUGGGCGGUGGACAACACGGGUCGUCGUUCCAGUCCGAGUGAGGUGACGAUCAAAACCCCCUGUCCCGCUGUGGACGAUGUCAAGGCUCAAGAAAUAGCAGACAAGAUUUACAAUCUAUUCAACGGCUACACCAGCGGGAAGGAACAGCAGACGGCCUACAACACUCUCAUGGACCUCGGUUCACCAACCCUCCACCGGGUCCUCUACCACUACAACCAGCGCUACGAGAGCUUCGGGGAGUUUACGUGGCGCUGUGAAGAUGAACUGGGACCCAGGAAAGCAGGAUUGAUCCUGUCUCAGCUGGAUGAACUCAGCGGUUGGUGCCGGGGUCUCCUCCAGGAACCAAAAAUUGGCUUGCGCAGAGCAUCCCUCAAGUAUCUGUCUUGUCGUUAUACAGAUACCAAAGCAUUCGGGCUCAGCUGGGUGAAUCUCGGCCAAGACUUACGUAAGGCCUGUGAAGAUCAGAUGCUCUCCGUUAUGUACAAUGAUUAUGGAGAACCCAAGGAACUUUAAACCGAUUUGGACAACAAGAGGACCAGUCAGGGGCCAUACCGCAACUCGGCCUCUCUUUUAGGGCUUCUCUUUAGAGAAUCUGCUCUAUCAGUUUUAACAUUAAUUGGUCGUUUAAUGAUGAAGAGGAAAAUAUUUUCUGAAAAUAUGGGCCCAUCCUGAUUUUUCAAGAAGCAUUCAAAUGGUGUGUCUCUGGGCUUGCAAAAUAAAAAUGUACAGUGUACAGUCAAAGGAAAGUCGCAUUAAAGUGUCAUUUAGACCUAGUGGUGUAUUUUGUCAAAUAGUGCAUACACCAGCUUGUAUAGGUAGGACUUUUUCACAAGAACUAAAACUAUAUCUUCUUAAUGUGCUGAAAAUGUCUGUCUCUGUAGUGCAUAUAGAUACUGUAUGGAAAGAGCUAUAACAAAUGUAAAUGUUAAUUAACUAUUAAACACAUUACUAAUGUGCUGAAUGUAGUAUUAAAACUAAGGUAUGAGAGGUCAAGAAACUGUACAGGAGUUUUUUUAAAGUACUGUAUAAGCAGUAUUACGAAAAAUAACCAUUUUAAAGUUGUGUACAGUAACAUGUCUUGUUUAUGUUUUAUUUCCUAUUCCAAAUAAAAUCGACCAAAUUAA